ACUCUACUAAUUAUUUUUUUUUUUUUGCAUGCGAAACGAUGAAAACAAUUUCAAGUAAAUGAUGGAAGAUAGCGAGGAAAUAAUCGAAGCCACGGAGUAUCUUUUUGAAAGCGAUAUGAUGACAACAUCAACUCCUAAAGAGUUAAGAGAACCAAAGGGUGCACUGCGCAAAAAAUUUAAACUGUCUGUGGACUACAAUAAACGAUUUUCUGAAGCCUCUACUUCUCUCCCUUCACAAACUUGUAGAACUUCAAACGAUGACAUAAUACAGGUACUGGAACUCAUUCUUCAAAAACAAAACGAUUUCGAGGCGCGGAUGGACAGAUUAGAGGAAAGGAUACCGGAAAAGCACGAAGUGAUGGCUCAACACAAGGUGAUGCGCGAGUCCAAAGUCUUGAUUAAAAGGGUUCACAAGCUAGUGUGUCGCAUAAGUGGCGAGGCUGAAAACGACAUGCACACCGAGUUCGCUUCUUUGAUGCCCUUCACCACAAUUGAAUCAAUUUUUGAUAUGGAGGAAAAGUUGAAAGCAGCUGAAUAUGAAGAAGCUAUGAAAACAUACUUAUUUACCCUUAAAGGGACCUCUGGUGACAUAGGCCCCGUUAUGAAAAAAGUUUUCUGUGACGAAGUAAUUUAUAAAUUUAACUGGGAUGGCAGAUGUGGAAAAAAGGCCCUAAGAAAGCUAAAACUGGUCCAUGAUGUUUUAUUUGGUAAGCCUUGA